UCCGCCUCUUCUAAACACAUGACUUGAAGUACUCGGAGUUAGAUAGACCGUAGCUCUGAAAUUGCGUUUCAUUUUUAAGAUUUAUUCCAUCCAUUUUCCCGGUACGGUGCAAAAAUGAAGUUCGGUUGUUUAUGCGCGAUGUUGUGUCUCGCAGUCGGGGCGAUUGCAGGAAAGUAUUCUCGAGAAAUGAACGAUCAGAAACCGUCCGUGGACGGUAAGAGCACGGUGGAAUUUAGGAUAGCUAAACUCAACCAGGUGUGGGAGAAAGCGACCAGGAUGCAGUUACCCCCAGUGCGUCUCUCAGAGCUCCACAGUGAUCUGAAGAUCCAGGAGAAAGAUGAACUACAGUGGAAGAAGUCUAAGGCAGAAGGGAUGGAUGAGAAUGGAGAGAGAGAGGCCAAGUUACGACGUGGCUUCAACGUGAUCCUGGCUAAGUAUGGGAUGGAUGGGAAGAAGGACACCAGACCUCUAGAAUCUAACAACCUGAAGGACCAUGACAUCAGAGAAGGAGACAUGUUUGAUGACCCCAGACUGGACAAACUGUGGAGUAAGGCUAAGAGUUCUGGUAAGUUCUCAGAGGAGGAGAUGCAGAGUCUGAAGGAGUUUCAACACCACAAGGACAAGAUCAGCGAGUAUAACAUCGUCAUGGAUACCGUCAGCCGCACGGAGGAGAUCCAUAAGAAUGUGAUCUCUCCAUUAGAAGGGGAAGUUAAAGAACAUGUCCUGCAUCAGAAACACACCGACCUGAAGGACAAGAUGAGGGAUCUGAACCAGGGCUUUGAACGCCUGAGGAAACUCAGCCACGAGGGCUUCAGCGAGGACAGCGAGUUUAAAGAGCCCAGGGUGAUAGAGCUGUGGGAGAUGGCACAGAGAGCCAACCUGACUGGGGAUGAACUGGACUCGCUCAAGGAGGAACUGAAGCACUUUGAGACCAAGGUAGAGAAGCACAGCCACUACCAGGAACAGUUAGAGUUAUCCCACCAGAAGCUCAGACAUGUAGAAGCUCUAGGAGACAACGACCACAUCCUGAGAAACCAGGAGAGAUACAAUAACCUGGCCGAGAAGACCAGAGAGAUGGGAUACAAGAUGAAGAAGCACAUGCAGGAUUUAACCAGCAAGAUCUCCCGUAAAGGACUGGACCGUAACGAACUGUAAGGGGUUCCUCAGACGAGGCCCUGGGGGACGACGACGACAGAAGGCUGUGUGUUUUCAACAUCAGGACUCGAAACAACAAAUGAAGUCUUUCUUCGUGUUUUUCUUGCUACAGUGGUUCAGAGUGUGGCGAUCGAUGCUGCUGUCAUGACAACCCUACGAUGGAACUUCUAAUCUGCCUGUCUAUAUAUACACACACACACACACACACACACUUCCGUCCACAUUACUCUUUUGUAGACUACUUUAAUGAAAUCAGUGUUUUUCCGCGUAAA